UACAAGUGAUCCAUCGAGUGAUGAUUCCGAUGACUUCCAUCAGUUAGACAUAGGAGAGGAUCAGUCGUCAUCCAUCUCCAGGAGCAGCUCUGAAUCGUGUCAUUCUUUAGGCUCCAAUCGAUGUCAACUGCGAAAAUUGGAUGAAAUUCGGUCAUCCCGGUCAUCGCUUAAUAAAAUGCAAUUAUUUGACGACGACUUUCAUAAUAAUAACAACGAAUCGUUGGAUGAAUUCAGAUCGCGAUUAAGGCUGAGACGAAGCAUCAAAAAUAGAGAUCAAAGUUAUCAUAAUUACGGCGAUAAUGAAGGCGAUAGAAGCGACUUCUCCUAUGACAGCGCAACCAAAGAAGCGCACCAACAGAUCCUUAGAAACGCUGAGUCCCUCCGACUCGAACAGGAAAUCGAUAGACGACUGAAUCCAUGCGAUAGUUUUGAGAAGAGGGAAGAGAGCGAAGAGACUCUCAAUAAGCUGUGCGCCCGAAGACAGGAAGAGAUCAGAUUAGCGACACUUUCCAAAAGACAAUCUUUAGAUUACGAAGAGAACGGAUCGAUGCACGGCUUACAGAGGAGUUCCACCGAUUAUUUUGGUCAAGUGGUCGAUCAUAUAUCAGAUGAUAGCCAACAGAAGUCUUUGACCAAAUCGACCAAAAAGGGUAUCUUCUCGAGCCCUAGACUUCGACACAAAACCCAAUCGCAGGUCCUGAGGGCCGCCUCUUCUAUUCCUUCCCUAAUAUUUCCAUUAAAGAGUAAUAAAAACAAAAAUCUCAAUACGUUUGAUAUGUUGGACUCGUCUAACAGCAACACUCCCGACAGUUUCGGCAGCUCUAAGAAAAGCUCAAUCGAUGAGGGAUUGAUAUGCAAUACACCAAAGACCAGGAGAAGUCCGUUACGAUUCUUAGGAAACUUUGUGGACGACAAGCUCUUUAGGGGACGUUUUGGCUCUACAAAGAGGGCUAAGUCUUCAGUAGAAUUGGGACGACUCUCGUGGGAAAUACCGGACGAUCUGACGGAUAAUAACUCUAAUAAUAAACUAAACAGAAGAAAGAGUUACAAUAAGGAGGACAGCCAUCAGAAUAACACAGACAUGUCUAAUGUUAGCCAAAGGGUGACAGUGAGUGAAACAGUGGACACAACGCCCAAAACGAGCGCUUCUAUACUGAAACGCAAACCACGAUCUCUGAGCACUUGUGUUGGCGAUAGGGUUCGGCACCGCAUACCCAGCGCUACGUCCGACAGACUCUCGCUAUCGAGCUCUUCAGCCAUCGGAUCAGACGACGCCGAUAUCUUUUUGCCACAAAACCAAACCAUGAGAACUGAGAUAUCGGCCGAUGCUUUGGCUGAGAUCGAGGUAAUGAUAGCCCUCUUAUAG